AUGGGCUGCGGCCGCACGUGCGCUGAAAUAUCAACUCGGCCUACUAAUAUGCUCGAUAUGCCUAUGGAUGGUCGCCAUUGGCCGGGCGAGGAGAGAUCGCCAAUUCGCUACCCGGUGGACUGGCGCGCCGGUGGGUACUACGGGUUCCCUCCACGAGGCCGCUACAACUACAUCCCCUAUGCUGUGCAUCCCAGUUCGUGUAUUAACCGUCCGGAUAUGGCGUCGGUACACCCUGGAGGGGCGCCCGUUGUGCGGCAUCACCAGGGUCCGUCUAAGCGCCCCUUGAACUCGAUCUUCGUGGAAGGUCAGGGCGGCAAACGCGUUUGCGUAGUAUCGAACGGCAAACUCGAUAUAUCGGACAAGGCUCUUCGACACGUGGUACAAGCGGGUGGCAAGGGCCCUCAUCCGUCCGAUGCUGUGACUUGUUCUUGCGGCGUUGGCAGCAUUUUCCCCCGGAUGCCAAUGGCCAGACCUGGCAUGGUGGGCGUGAAUAUGGCGCCAAUUUCCCACUCCCGCCUCGCCGCGUCGGCCCGCUUCAUGGAUAAUGGCAUGUCGUAUCCUCACAUGAAGACGGUGAACACUUGCAGGGUGCCGACGUCAUCCUCUGACUCCGCUCCCGGCGGCGGCCGCCUCCUGCCUUUUGAGUGGCCCGAUAAGCAGAACGUUAUCGUGUACAUGAACCACGACCAAGAGGUCGUUGACGUCCAUGGCUGGCGAUACGUGGACACAUUGGGGGAGGGGUCUUACGGGAAGGUGUACUUCGUGCGCAACGAGUUCACUGGUGAGGAGUCAGCCUUCAAGCGGAUGCUACUCCACAAGACGGGUGGCAUUUCCCCUGCCAUAAUGCGGGAGAUUCACUCUCUGAAGAUUCUCGACCACGAGAAUGUGAUAAAGCUUAACAAAGUAUACAUCGGCGACUGCCGCGUGUACCUCAGCUUCCCGCGCAUCGCCGGCGGCAACCUACGAAAGUUCUUGGAAAAGCACUAUCCGCAGGGCAUGCCGCUCGGCGAGGUGAAGGCUAUCGCAAAACAACUGAUCGACGCCAUCUCACAUAUCCAUUCCAAGCGCAUAAUUCACCGGGACAUAAAACCGGAAAACAUCCUGGUGCAGACUUCGUCGGGCUACUCAAACCGAGAGCAUGAUGCGUCGACGUAUGACAGGCAAGCACAUUCAUCUGUAGGAUCGCUUCCCGCGCCGCAGGCCGAAUCUGGUGACUCAGCUACCGCUCGUGAUCCAGGCCGCAAACCAAAGAUCCAGAAGGUGAUAUUAACCGAUUUUGGGCUCUCAAGGAUACACAAAUCUGUCGACCUUCCUCUGUUUUACAGCGACGACACCAAGAUGAUGAACAGCCCCAUGUCCCCCGAGGUGGUGACGCUUUGCUACCGGCCACCUGAGUUGCUGCUUGGCGAUUUUCACUACUCCUUCUCCGUGGACAUGUGGUCGCUGGGCUGCGUCAUAUUCGAGCUGAUAACGGGCAAGCCCAUUUUCGAGGAGCGCACCGAAUUCGCCCUCCUUAUAGCCAUGUUCAAGAGGUUCGGGACCCCCAACGAGGAAGACUGGCCGAACGUUGCCAACUUGCCCUUCAUGAACUCUGCGUUGCCCAAGCUGCAGACCAACUCGUCACUCUCCGAGUGCGCGGGCAAGGCGGACGCCGACUGCAUGGACCUCCUUGAGCGCAUGCUAGCGCUGAGUCCGAAGAAGCGCAUAUCCGCGCAAGAAGCACUUCUCCAUCCGUGGUUCACAAGUUGCUGA